UUUUAUCCACUUCCCUUCCCCCUACUCGCAACGCUAGCGCGUGCCGUCACCACUUGGUCCACCACGCGCCACCGUUUCUCCUCCCUUCACUAACCUCUCCUCCCUCGCGUCAGCUCUUUUCUCCCCACGGUGAUUCCUUCUCUCCCUUUUUCCCAUUACAAAAAUCGCCAGUCCCCGUAAAUUUUCCCACACACUGCCUUCUCCUUCCUCAUCUCAUCGCCCCCACCGCGCUAGAUCACCGCUCCGCCGCCCAAAUCCAGGAUGGCCGACGAUAACAGAAACCAUGGCCGCGAUCGCCGCGGCGGUGGAGAAGAAGAAAUAGACGGGGAGAUGUGGGCGAAUUUCAGCGGGACAUUUCGGAAAGUGCAGACGGUGCUGGACAGGAACAGGUCGUUGAUUCAGCAGGUGAACGACAAUCACCAGUCUCGAAUCCCCGACAACAUGGCCAAGAACGUGCCGUUGAUCCAGGAGAUCAACCACAACAUCUCCACGGUUUCCUCCCUCUACUCCGACCUCUCCUCCAACUUCGUCUCCUCUUACCAUCACCGGAACGGCAAGGAUGCCAACGGCCGCGACGGAGGCAACAAGGCCUGAGCCGAAUAAACAAAUCUACUGUCGAUGUCUUUGCUUUAGUAAGUCAACCGAGUGGAAUGAAUAAUGCAAGAAGCU